AAAAAGGAAAAUAGAAAAAAAAGAAAAGAAAAAUCGUGACAAACUUACUGAUAAACCAAAAGACGAGGGCACCGAUGCAAAAACACACUAUAGUGGAGUCCUCUUCUAUAGUCGACUCAUCGUCGCUCGCUAACGGACUUCGAGGAGGCACCAAUGUUGCCCUAGUCAGGAAUGAAUCUGGUGGAGACUUGGCAUAUGAAUCCUGAUUAUUCCUGAGCACAACAUAGUCUUAGAAGCACUGCAAAUGGGCCGUUUAACUAAUGGAGUGGUUGAGAACGGUCUUCCAAGUAAAAGAGAUCGGAAUUUACGUGAAGGCUAUAGUGGAAGACAUGAAAACAUGGGAUCUGGUGGAAAAGUUGCUUGUACUUGUCACAAUAAUGAAAAUGGCGGGGAAGAAAAAGUAACUACAAAAUCUACCACAGCUACAGCAGACAAUUUAAAUGGCAACAUGCAGCCCCCCGUUAUAUCUAAGAGGGCAAGGCAGCAGAAAGAAAUGACUUUUCAAGAUAUGUACAGUAAUGAAGAUUAUUUUGAUGAGGAGGAUGAUGACAGUGAUUGGGAACCCUUAAAAAAGGAUAUGGAAGUCACAAAGUGGUUUUGCAUCAACUGUACGAUGGUUAACCUUGAUGAUGUUGUCCAUUGUGAUAUAUGCGGAGAAUAUAAAGAAUCCGGAAUCCUUAGGCAUGGGUUUUUUGCAUCUCCUUUUUCGCAAGAAGGCGGUGUCACUGAGGAUCAAUCUGAAAUGACGGAAAGAUGCAAAGAUUCAUGCUCGCAAAAUUCAGCGUCAAGCAAUUCCACUGCAAUAGGUUUUGAUGAGAGAAUGUUGCUUCACUCAGAAGUUGAAAUGAAGUCGCAUCCACAUCCAGAAAGACCAGAUCGACUUCGAGUUAUUGCUGCUAGCCUUGCAACUGCUGGUAUAUUUCCUGGAAGAUGCUUUCCAAUAGCUGCAAGAGAAAUUACAAAAGAAGAACUUCAGAUGGUCCACUCUUUGGAGCACAUUGAAGCCGUAGAAUUUACGAGUCGUAUUCUUGCUAGUUACUUCACUCCAGAUACAUACGCAAAUGAGCAUUCAGCACGUGCUGCAAGGCUUGCGGCAGGUCUGUGUGCUGAUCUUGCUUCAGCAAUUUUCUCAGGAGGUGCCAAAAAUGGUUUUGCUCUGGUUCGCCCUCCUGGCCAUCAUGCUGGUAUCAGUCAGGCCAUGGGAUUUUGCCUCCACAAUAAUGCAGCAGUUGCUGCAUUAGCAGCUCAAGUUGCGGGGGCAAAAAAAGUGCUAAUUGUUGAUUGGGAUGUACAUCAUGGGAAUGGCACACAAGAAAUAUUUGAUCAGAGCAAAUCGGUAUUGUAUAUUUCAUUACAUAGACAUGAGGGUGGGAAGUUCUAUCCUGGUACUGGAGCAGCUGGUGAGGUUGGUACCUCUGGAGCAGAAGGAUACUCGGUGAAUGUUCCAUGGAGUCGUGGGGGAGUAGGCGAUAAUGACUAUAUAUAUGCAUUUCAGCAUGUUGUGCUUCCUAUAGCUUCGGAGUUUGCCCCUGAUUUCACUAUCAUAUCUGCAGGAUUUGAUGCUGCAAGGGGUGAUCCCCUUGGCUGCUGUGAUGUAACUCCUGCUGGAUAUGCACAGAUGACACACAUGUUGAAUGCUGUUUCUGGUGGAAAGUUGCUUGUUAUUCUUGAGGGCGGAUAUAAUCUCCGUUCCAUAUCAUCCUCUGCUGUUGCGGUGAUUAAGGUCUUGCUUGGGGAAAGUCCUGCAUGUGAAGUGGACAACCUUGUACCUUCCAGAGCUGGAUUGCAAACUGUUCUGGAAGUCCUGAAAAUUCAGAUGAACUUCUGGCCUACACUGGAAGCCACUCUCUUGAAAUUGCAGUCACAAUGGGGAUCAUAUGCUUUUCAAGACAGAAAAGAACAGACAAGGAAGAGACAACGGAGUGUUGUACCAAUGUGGUGGAAAUCGGGAAGUAAAAGGUGGUUGUAUAACAUCCUAACUGGGCAGCUUCAUAUAAAAUCAAAGGAAUGUUAAUUAUCCCUGUGGAUCUUAUUUUUGUGCACCCUUUUUUUUAAUUUUUGUGCCUCCUUGUAUCCCAGUUCAUUUUAGGAGAAUAUUGUUUUUGUAUCAGGAGAUUUCAAAAUGUUAUUGAUCAUUUUCUGCAUUA